UAUCGCACUGUUUUCAAGACAAAUACCGCUUAACUUCGAGAUAACGUUAUGUUUAAUCCGUAUUCCACUAAAACAAUACAGGUUCAUUCCUCUAUAUAUUGAGUCUUCUAGCAAUUGAAGCAAUCUAAUCGACACUGCGCACAAGUAUCCAUCGCGCUAUAGAAAUCUAUAAACAGUGGCGCGGACAGCAGCGCGGCCGCGGCCGUCUCACCAGCUUGACGUCGCGCGCCGGCCCGCGCGGAUUCAGGGACGACGAAGACUCGCCUCUGUCGUCCAUGUUUGUAGAGAGAUACCUGGGUGGUUCGGGCCAAAUUCCCUGGACGCCCCAACACAUUGACGAGAUACUCGGGCGCAUCGACUGGGAGGUUGACGACGGGGAAUGGCGAGAGCGGCGGCUGCGACGGGUACGUGAUGGAGAAGAAGGCCGAUGGUGCGGCGAAGGGGAAGGGCAAGAACACAGGCAAGACACAGGCGUCGUCGACCAUGCUGUCGACGGACCGGCUGAUCAAGUCGCUGGUGAUGGUGCUGCAUGCGGAAACGAUUGAGAUGGCGUUCCCAUAUCUGACGCUGCACCGACAGUGCUGGCGGCUGCUGCGUCAUGUCGAGGGCGCGUGCGACGAGGUGCUGCGCGGGCUGUACAUGCCCGCGUAUAUGAGCGGGAAUCGGAGCUGCUGUUCGUGGUUGGCUACAUCUUCCGGGCCGCCUGUGAGGCGCCCGCUCCAACACGCCGCAAAGGCCUUCAACGGCUAGCUGGGCACCGGGGAGCUCGCGCUGUCGCUGGAGGUGCUGAGGAGAAUUGGGCACAACGUCGAGUUUGUCCAGGAGCUGCGGACGUGGCGGAGGAGGAGGAGAGAGAGGGAAAAUACUACCAGGGUAGGAACACCUCGACAUCUACAGCUAAGUCAAGCCUCCUACUACUCCUACA